GAAAUUCAUAGACGAUGGAAAAGAAAGCAGCAGAAAAAUAACGCAAAGAGAAAAUAGUGAUUGAAAAGGCAUUUUUGGUUUCCUUUUAACUCUCGUCCUCAAGUUUUAUACCUUUUAAAACCCUUACAAAAGCCUUUAAUUCCCUCUCUAUCCCUUCAAUUUCAUUGAUCCUCCCCACUUCCCAGAAAGCUUUAAAACUUUUCUUUUGAGCAAAUUGUAAUUUUCAUUUAUUUCUUUCAUUUUGGGUUGAGAUUUAAUUAUAGAAUGUCAAACUCGGGCGGGUUCGCGGUGACUCGAACUCACACGGAAGACCGAUUCUACAACCCGCCGGCGGUGAGGCGGCAACUGCAGUUAUUACAACAACAGCAGUUGGAGAGGCAGCAGCAGCAGCAGCAGCAGCUACACAGAACGUUGCAGAAGGAGCUACGGAGACCGUUAAAAGAUGAGAGCCGAGUCAACUCGGUCGAUUCACUGGCUGAGUCACGGACGGAUUUGGACGAAUCUACAUUGUCCGCGGCGCAGUCAUCGCCGGAGGUUGCUAGUUUGACCAAUUUGGAUCGGCUCAUGGAAUCGGUCACUCCUCUUGUUCCAGCUCAGUGCUUCUCUGAGGAAAUUUCCUCUUUUUUUUAUUUGAAGGCAAAAAUGAGGGGAUGGAGAACUCAUGAAGUAAAUCUACACCCGUAUUUUUGUCUCGGUGACCUAUGGGAAUGUUUUAGUGAGUGGAGUGUAUAUGGAGUUGGAGUGCCGCUAUUGUUGAAUGGGAGCGAUUCCGUUAAGCAAUACUACGUUCCUUCCUUGUCAGGCAUACAGUUGUAUGUAGAUCAACAUAGGCCUAGGAGGGCUAGUGAGGAUAGUGAUGUCGAGUCUUCAAGACAAACUAGUAGUGCUGGAAGUAGUGACUGUGAAAUAGACAGGAGACUGAAAGGCGGUGUUGAUGGAGCAUGGGAGAAGCACAACUCCCAGGGGACCAGUAAACCUCCUACGAGUUCAUCUAGUGAUGAAAUGGAGGUUGGCAAAUCACCUGGCCGUUUGGUUUUCGAAUACUUUGAACAAGAACAGCCACAUCACCGGAAACCUUUAUAUGACAAGGUUUCAAGUCUGGCAUCUCAAUUUCCAGACAUCAGGAUGUACAGGAGCUGUGAUUUAUUACCAGCAAGUUGGAUCUCGGUGGCUUGGUACCCAAUAUACAGAAUACCUAUGGGUCCAACCCUACAAAAUCUGGAUGCAUCAUUCUUGACCUUCCAUUCUUUGUCGACACAUUCUCAAACAGUUACAGGUAAAAAUCAACUCCAUUCUUCUGCUUCUAGCAGCAGGAAAGUAUGUGGCUUUGAUGCAUCUUCACAGAUCUCUCUACCUGUUUUCGGUUUAGCAUCCUAUAAGUUGAGAGGCUCGAUUUUGACUUCCAAUUGUUCCCAAGAAUGGCAGCAAGCGAGCUCUCUGUUACAUGCUGCUGAUAAUUGGCUGCAUGGUUUACGAGUCCAUCUUCCCGAUUUCCAGUUUUUUGUAUCGCAUAACUCAAAACGGUGAUUACAAAGGUACCUUAAAUUUUGUAACUGCUCUUUUGAGUAGUCGGAAGGCGGAUGUGUUCUCAUGUAUACCGAGUCCAAGUAACUACGAUCAGCUACCUGGAAUUUAUAUCCCCACUCAAUUAUUUUGUCGUCCGUCACCGGUUCGAGUUCUAUGAUGCUUGUGAAAACAUAUAGGUAGUGCAAAUGUUUUAUAGGCAAAAAAGAAAAAAAAUUAAGCCCUAGCGUUGUUGUGGCCUAAUUGUUAACAUAGAACUUUUUUAAAAUUAUAAUUCAGAUUUUAUCUUUAUAUUUUAAUUGCA